AUGACUCCCCCGGCUGUCUUCUUUUUGCCUGUCCUUUGUGCUCUCUUGAUUGUACAUAGCGCCCCGGUUCAGGCCCAGAAUAUUCAACGUGAAUCCAAAUCGGCCGCGCCCCCAACAGUGGACAAACCGCUGUUAGCAAUUCAAAUUGGGAGCAUAGUUGGCGCCUAUGUGAUCUUCGUCGCUGUCCUACUAGCUCUACUUAUAUUCGUCGGACGACGCCUGCGUCGGACAGUACAGUCCUCCAAUUAUACACUGCAUAUGGAAAUUCUGAAGCCUGCCAGACCUCCUGUCAUGGAUCCCAGCCCAGUCUCUCCAAUGUCACACAACCUCCCCAGUCCCAAGUCAAGUGGGUUCAGGUCCUGGGGAUCAUUGAAUAGGAGUGCCAGGCCCUCCCAACCAUCCGCGAACGGCAGCAUGGUGACCAUCGACGAGUCCAUUGUCGCAAACGACCGACAACGAGCCCAGCAUGAUAUGGAGAUGCUCUAUGCGGCGGUCAUGGAACAUGACUCUCAAAAAGCUUCUGGAGUUGAUCUGUCUGUCCGCGAACAAGACCUCCAUGCACACUCACCGGACAGUCAGCUCACAAAUCCAUUCACUGACCGUGGCUCUCACGUCUCAGAGAACUCAUUGGCACCAUUGGCACCAUUGAAGUCCCCAACCAAGGGAUUCAACAGCUCCCGCUUAUCCAAGCUUUUCAACUCAGGCUCCCGCGCCAAUCCAGACCCGAGCAAAGUGCGCUCACCGCGUCUGGCUAUCCGCAAAAUGCCCAUUUCCUCCCCACUAGCCUCGCCAGCAUUGGCCACGCCUCAAGCCUAUGUGCCCGAAAACCCGCCUCUUUCCCCGCGGAUUUAUAACCCCGGUCCUCCUCCAGUGGUACCGCGACAGCAGGCGAGCGAGCCAAUCAGGCCGGCUCCUGGGCGUGCCCGUCCACCGGCGCCUCUAACCCUGUCUACUCCCUCGCCUUCUUCCACAGUCCCGUCUAACCUACCUUUCCGUGAGGCGUACCCGCCCCAAAGUGCUCCGGCUACCAAGACCACUAUCUUGGAACGACCGGUGAAGAACCGUGCUGGUCCUGUCACGGGCAUGGCUACGCCAUACAGUCCGUACAUGCCAUUUACUCCCGUGACGCCUUUUACCCCGGGGCGCACUGUGACAAAGCGACAGCGGAAGAAGGAGGAGCGUGGGAAUGGACUGCAAGUAUUGAACGAAGAUGAUUUGGUCAAGGAUGACGAUGAUAUCUGGGGAUGA